GCACGACGGCGGCGGCGGUUACGCGCAGCUCGAGAGGAGCUGCUGCUGCUCAGUGCCAGAGAGACAUGGCGGCGGAUCUGAAACCCGACUGGCUGGCCUGCCUGCCUUCCUCCUGGAGUUACGGGGUUACGCGGGACGGGCGCGUGUUCUUCAUCAACGAGGAGGCGAAGAGCACCACCUGGCUGCACCCGGUUACCGGAGAGGCGGUGAUUACCGGACACCGGAAAACCACAGAUUUACCCACCGGGUGGGAGGAGGGAUAUACGUUUGAAGGAGCGCGCUGCUUCAUCAAUCACAAUGAGCGGAAAGUGACGUGUAAGCACCCGGUCUCCGGCACGCCCUCGCAGGAUAACUGCAUCUUUGUCCUCAACGAACACCUGAGUUGUGGGAAACUUGCGGCCCCUGUGUUGAACAGGCCGGCUCCUAAAGCUCCCGCCAGCGAGAAGAAGGAGCGACCAACGAGCACCAUGAGCGAAGCCUCCAACUACACCGGCGGCUCCGACUACACCACCUAUCCCAGCAGCCCCACCACCUCCAGACCGUCAAGAUCCUCGAAAAAAGUCCAUAAUUUUGGGAAGAGGUCCAACUCGAUAAAGAGAAACCCGAACGCUCCGGUGGUGAAAAGUAACUGGCUUUACAAACAGGACAGCGCUGGGAUGAAGAUGUGGAAGAAGAGGUGGUUUGUGCUGUGUGACAUGUGUCUCUUCUAUUAUAGAGAUGAGAAGGAGGAGGGGAUUCUGGGAAGUAUCCUGUUACCCAGCUUCCACAUCUCCAUGCUGUCUGUAGACGAUCACAUCAGCAAGAAAUACGCCUUCAAGGCUACACAUCCGAACAUGCGCACCUAUUAUUUCUGCACCGAUACGGCAAAAGAGAUGGAGUCCUGGAUGAAGGUGAUGACGGACGCAGCGCUCGUCCACACGGAGCCGGUCCGGAGGUUGGAAAAGGUGAAGGUAGAUCCCCGCAGUCCACAGGAGCUUAACAACAUGCUGAAUCACAGAGUUCUGACCCGACCCGAGAUCCAGAACAACGAGAGGAACCGCGAGAGUUUCCGUCAGGAGGAGAAGAAACAGAAACCUCUGGAGAAACAGCCGAGUAUCAGAGAGCAGGAGAGAAGCUUCUCCUCUAAAGACUCCCAGAAAGAGGAGAAGAUCUCUCUGCAGAGAGACGGACAGAAAGUGUCUCUGCAGAGAGACACGGAGAGACUGGUGCUGCAGAAAGACGGGGACAGGUACGCUCUGCAGAAGGACGGAGAACGCUACACCCUCCAGAAAGAUGGAGAGAAAUACCUGCUGCAGAAAGACGGACAGAAAUACACUCUUCAUAAAAACGGAGAGAGGUGUUCUCUUCAAAAGGAUGGAGAGAACGUUCUGCAGAAAGACGGAGGGAGACAGAAAGAACGAGAGAAGACGGUUCUGCAGAAAGAUCGAGAGAAACCCAGUUUUCAGCAGGAAGGAGAGAAAUACGGUUUUCAGAAAGAGACGAGUUCAGAGAGACCGAUCACCAAAAUCAACACCAUCAAACUGCAGCCGGUUCAGUCCUCCACCUCCUCCAUCACCUCCCCCAUCACCCCCACCUCCGCCGGGUCCUCCUCCCGCCAGACCCACACCCCCGGACCCGCGGGACCAGCAGGAGGUCCCUCUCAGUAUAAAGCAGGACAGGUAAACGGGGAGCAGGGCGCUGAGCCUGACAGGACCCUCAGCAGGAGCGACUCCAUGCAGCAGCUGGAGCUGUGGGUCCGAAUGCAGCGCAACCGAGCCGCACCCGACGACGACACCAAGAGCAUCACUUCUUAUCAGACGCUGCCGAGGAACAUGCCCAGUCACCGGGCGCAGGUGGUGCCGCGCUACCCUGAGGGAUACCGGACGCUCCCGCGGAACCUGCUGCGUCCGGACAGUAUCUGCAGCGUGGCGGGGUCUCUGUACGACCGGGCGCUGCCACCCGCCAACGCCGACAAGCGCCGCUCCAUGCGGGACGACACCAUGUGGCAGCUGUACGAGUGGCAGCAGCGGCAGGCGCACAGCCGGCUGGGAUACGGGACGCUGCCCAGCCCCAAGACCAUGGGGCGCAUCGCCGAGUCCAUCCCGUCCUCGCCGUCCCACGGCUCCCUGUCCCUGUACCCCUCCAUCUCCCCCAACCGCCCCUUUAACCCCUUCAGCCCCAUAAACCCCCUAACCCCCACCAACCCCUUAAACCCCGCCCCCGACGUCUCCUCACCCGUCCUCCGCGGAGACGCCAGCAUCGACCGCCGCCACAGAGCCCAGCUCGCCAAGUACUCUUACCUGCCUGACCGCAGAUCCUCAACAGCUCAGAACAUCACACCUCAGUCCCUGCAGGGUAAAACGCCGGAGGAGCUGACCCUGCUGCUGAUUAAACUGCGCCGGCAGCAGGCUGAGCUCAACAGCGUCCGAGAGCACACUCUCGCGCAGCUAAUGCAGCUUAACCUCGACACCACCAACCCAAAGAGUGAGAUUCUCUCCCACCACCUGCAGAGGAAUCUCAUGUAUAUGGACAGCCAGAUGAAGGAGAAUGAGCCGAUAAUCUUCAUGAUUCACACUAUGAUUGAGAACUCUGCUCCAAGGCCUCAACUAUACCAGCAAAUGAGUCCUGAAGAUUACAGAGAAAACACUUACCCAUACAGACCUGAGGAGCUGGAUGUGGACACUAAACUGAGUCGACUGUGUGAACAGGGUAAAGUGGUCCGAACCCAAGAGGAGAAACUCCAGCAGCUCCACAGAGAGAAGCACACUCUGGAGACGGCUCUGCUGUCGGCGAGUCAGGAGAUCGAGAUGAGCGCUGAGACCUCGGCGGCGGUGCAGAGCGUCAUACAGCAGCGGGACGUCCUGCAGAGCGGCCUGCUCAGCACCUGCAGAGAACUGUCCCGAGUAAACGCUGAGCUGGAUCGGAGCUGGAGAGAGUAUGAUAAGCUGGAGGCUGAUGUUACUCUGGCUAAGAGGAACCUGCUGGAGCAGCUGGAGGCUCUCGGGAGUCCACAGACGGAGCCGCCCAGUCAGCAGCACGUUCAGAUUCAGAAGGAGUUGUGGAGAAUUCAGGACGUGAUGGAGGCGCUCGGUAAAAACAAGCCAAAGAGAAGCACAGAACCCAGUUUUCCAGGAGCAAAUCCAAUCUCCAGCCUUCAGAAAAGUGAGGAGUCCGACUCCGCCCCCCCGCGUCCUCCUCUCCCCCAGGUGUAUGAGGGUGGUGAUCGCCCGAGCGGGCACGCCCCGCCCUGCCCCGGCUCGGCCCCGCCCCCCACACCUCGCACCACCCCGCACCGGCCGGAGGACCGCAAAGCUGCCCAGAGAAACGGUGCCCACAGCGGUCCGGACUACAGGCUGUAUAAGAGUGAGCCGGAGCUCACCACGGUGGCGGAGGUGGACGAGAGUAACGGGGAGGAGAAAUCUGAACAGUCUGCUGAUAAAGAUCCUCCCGGUACUAAAGGAAUGCCGUAUCCUGUUGGGAUCGUGAGCCCCAGGACUAAAUCUCAGAUGCCGGAGUCCUCCACCAUCGCCUCGUACGUCACCCUGAGGAAGAACAAGAAACCUGACCCCAGAACAGACCGCCCCCACAGUGCGGUGGAGCACAUGGUGGAGGGAGCUCGGCAGCGGAUGAGUGUGGAGGAGCAGAUGGAGAGAAUCCGGCGGCACCAGCAGGGGGCGCUACGAGAGCGCGAGAGGAGGAGAGAGGAGGGAGCGCUCUCACACAGUCACUCCUUCACUAAAGACCAUUCCUACUACUAUACCCUGCAGACGUGCUCGAGGAGCUCGAUGUCGGCAGCUGAAGAGCUGGAGGGCAGAAGGAAGGAGGUGUUACCUGUAGGAGAGGCGGAGCUAAUGAGACGAGUGGCCACGCCUAAAGAAAAGGAUCAGACUGAGAUUCUGAAAGAGAGGAAAAGCCCAGAGAUCCACCUGCUGAGAUCACCUGACCACCUCACACCCCUCCCCACUGAAAACAGUGUGCAGACAGCAGUAAUGGUGCGAGUGGGAACGGAGGAGGAGGAGGAGGAGGAAGAGGAAAAGCUCUCUGAUCAAAACCAAGAUCAAAUAAUUAAAGACUCGUUUGAUCUGACCCCCUCUAAACUCGGGACUCUGGUUUCAGUGAACAGCCUGUCCAGUCCUCCAGCGUCUCCCGGCUCGUCUCCUCCGUGUCCUCAGCUCCCCGACGGAUCACACUUCAUAUCAGCCACUGACAUCACUGAACAUUAGCAUAUGAAGGAAGUUCUGCUGCAGCUCUACACUGUUUAAUAUUCACUGAUCUGAGAUCUGUUCCUCCUCUCCACACUGAAGAGUCCCUGAUCCUUAUUUAUAAACUGAUUUAUUUCUGUUCUGGUUUUGGAUCCUGAUACAGAGUUUUAUUCUGUGUUUCAGUCGGAGAGAGAGAAGAAGCUCUGCUUUACAGAUAUAAAAAUAUAUACCUUUAAUUAUUAAAUACACUGAAAUCCAACCGUUCAGUACAGAAUAAUAAUCCCUCAAUCCCUCUCUUAAUCUCUCUCUCUUUCUCAAUCUCUUCAAGUCUCUCUUUUUCUUUCUCUCUCUCUCUCUCUCUCUCUCAAUCUCUUCUCAUCUCUCUUUUCUUGUCUGUCUCUCUCUUAAUCUCUCCUCUCGCUCUCUAUCUCUUGUCUUUCUUUCUUAAUUUCUUCUUGUCUCUCUCUCUUUUAAUCUCUUGUUUCUCUUAAUCUCUUUUUUCUCUCUUAAUCUCUUCUGGUCUCUCUCUCUCUCUCUCUCUCUCUCUCUAUCUCUCUCUCUAUCUCUCUCUCUAUCUCUCGCUUUUUUAUUAUUUAUCCUCCUCUUUUAGCAGUUUUUAUCAGUUAUUAAACACUCCAGAUUUUAGCAGGACUGUUGCACUGUAUAAACCCUCACUGAGAUUAAUCUGUAUUAAUCUGAUAUUAAUCUGUAUUAAUAUGAUAUUAAUCUGUAUUAAUAUCUGAUAUUAAUCUGUAUUAAUAUGAUAUUAAUCUGUAUUAAUAUCUGAUAUUAAUCUGUAUUAAUAUGAUAUUAAUCUGUAUUAAUCUGAUAUUAAUCUGUAUUAAUCUGAUAUUAAUCUGUAUUAAUAUGAUAUUAAUCUGUAUUAAUAUGAUAUUAAUCUGUAUUAAUAUCUGAUAUUAAUCUGUAUUAAUAUGAUAUUAAUCUGUAUUAAUAUGAUAUUAAUCUGUAUUAAUAUGAUAUUAAUCUGUAUUAAUCUGAUAUUAAUCUGUAUUAAUAUGAUAUUAAUCUGUAUUAAUAUGAUAUUAAUCUGUAUUAAUAUGAUAUUAAAGCGGUACGGUGUAAAGGGCGAGUUUUAACGCUGCUGAUGAGAGAAAGUGUUAUUUUGGUUUUUAGUAUAAAUCUAUAAAUCUGUAAAUGUUGGAGAAACCCCUGCAGCACUGUUUCCUCACUCAUGAAUGUUUUGGCUUACAUUUUAUUUUUGUAAGGCUGAGAAAUAUUUAAUUAGAGUAUAAAGAGAGUAUUACAGGUUUAGUCGGGAUUCAGAUCUAGAGGAAUUAUAGCACAUGUAUAAGUAAAAAAGCAAUAAGCAGGUUUUGGUGUUAACAUUACUGUAGAAAAUGUAAAAAUCAUAUUGUAUAUAAUGUACACCAUAAAAUACGCAGAGCAGAAACUAUAAAAGGUUAUUAGAGUCAAUAUGCAAAUCUCAUCUGUUUUAUAUCAUGUGAAAUAAAUGUUGAUGUUCAUAUAAAC